CACAAAAUCUAAACUCGCCGACGCAGCGCCAGAGGAGACUGAGGACACAUCAACAUCGCCACCAUGUCGCUGCAAAUCCCCCACCGCGGAAACGGCACGCAGCAAGAGGCCGCCACCAAGGCCGUCAUUCUGGUCGGCGGCUCCUCGCGAGGCACCCGCUUCCGCCCGCUCUCGCUCGACGUGCCCAAGCCUCUCUUCGACGUCGCCGGCCACCCCAUCAUCUGGCACUGCCUCACGGCCAUCGCCAAGGUCCCGUCCAUCAGCGAGGUCUGCCUGAUCGGCUACUACGACGAGUCCGUGUUCCGCGACUUCAUCAAGGACGCCGCCCAUGAGUUCCCCGGCCUGACCAUCAAGUACCUCCGCGAGUACAAGGCCCUGGGCACUGCCGGCGGCCUGUACCACUUCCGCGAUGCCAUCCUCAAGGGCCGCCCCGAGCGCCUGUUUGUGCUCAACUCGGACGUGUGCUGCUCGUUCCCGCUCAACGAGAUGCUCAAGAUGUUCAACGACAAGAACGCCGAGGCCGUCAUCCUGGGCACCCGCGUCGGCGAGGACGCCGCCACCAACUUUGGCUGCAUCGUUAGCGACGACCACACGCGCCGCGUCCUGCACUACGUCGAGAAGCCCGAGUCGCACAUCUCCAACCUGAUCAACUGCGGCGUCUACCUGUUCAGCACCGACGUCAUCUUCCCCUCGAUCCGCACCGCCAUCAAGCGCCGCACCGACCGCCCGCGCCUGGCCUCGUACCCGUCGUCGGAGAACCUCGAGGCCAGCUUUGUGCAGUACGACGAGGACGAGGGCGAGUCGCAGAACGAGGUCAUCCGUCUGGAGCAGGACAUCCUGUCCGACAUGGCCGACAACAAGCAGUUUUUCGUCUACGAGACCAAGGACUUUUGGCGCCAGAUCAAGACGGCCGGCUCUGCCGUGCCAGCCAACGCUUUGUAUUUGCAGCAGGCCUGGCACGGCCAGUCCAAGGAGCUGGCCGCCCCGGGCCCCAACGUGCUGGCCCCGGUCUUUAUCCACCCGAGCGCCCACGUCGACCCGACGGCCAAGCUGGGGCCCAACGUCUCCAUCGGUCCGCGGGCCACCAUCGGGCCGGGCGUGCGCAUCAAGGAGUCCAUCGUGCUCGAGGACGCCGAGGUCAAGCACGACGCCUGCGUGCUGUACUCCAUCAUUGGCUGGGGGAGCCGCGUCGGCGCCUGGGCCCGCGUCGAGGGCACCCCUACGCCGGCGACCAGCCACAGCACCAGCAUUGUCAAGGGAGGAGUCAAGGUGCAGGCCGUCACCAUUCUGGGCAAGGAGUGCGGCGUGGGCGACGAGGUGCGCGUUCAGAACUGCGUGUGCCUGCCGUUUAAGGAGCUGAAGAGGGACGUCGCCAACGAGGUCAUCAUGUAAUGAAUGUAUGGUAGAUGCACGUAGGCACGAAUUAGUGAGGCUGUUCGUCAUCGUCCACCAGUCAGACGCGUCAGCCAAACGAGGCGACCCCUCCCCCUCAUGUGUCGUGUCAACGCCCAAGCCCCCAAGCCCCUGGCCAAUGGAGCGCCCUAGGACAACAAAGCUAGCGUAGUCUGUGCCUAGCCUGAAUUGUGCCGUCAGCUUGCUAAAGUGUAUGCCUGCCAAAUAGACCAAAACACCCAUAAACGGAAACACGGGAGACCCAACGUCUCCCGAAUAUGCAAACACUCCCGUGAAAACUUGGAACCAAUGGGUACGUCGG